AUGGUGCGGUGGCUGUUCCUGGCCGGGCUGGUGCUCGCCCUGCUCUUCCCACCGGGAAUCCAGGCGGCUCCCGAGGGCUUGGAUGGCCCAUCCAGCCGGAAUUCCGAGGGAUCCCGGAGCUCCCGAAGCUUCCCAUCCGACGCCAAGAGACACUCGGAGGGGACCUUCAGCAGCGACUUCACGCGGUUCCUGGACAGGAUGAAGGCCAAGGAAUUUGUCCACUGGCUCAUCCAGGGCAGGAGGUGCCGGGAAAAGGGAGAGGGGAGGGAAAUAAACCUGGAAAACCACCUGGAAACCACCCGGGAAACAACCUGGGAAACAACUUCCCACUAUGGAAACCCCAAUCUGGGCAGGAGAGCGGGAGAAGGGAAGGAUCCCGGGAGAUUUUGGUGCCUCUGGAUGAGCAAUUCCUCCCCUUCUCCCAACAAAUCGGUGGUUUUGGUGCCCCUGGGGGAGCGGUUCCGCCCCUUUUCCCAACAAAUCGGGGUUUUCCUCAAUUUUGGUGCCUCUGUGUCUCCCACCUUCGCCGGGGGCCUCUUCGCCAUCUCCAGGUCCUACUUCGAGCACCUCGGCGCCUACGACGACCAGAUGGAGAUCUGGGGGGGGGAGAACGUCGAAAUGUCCUUCAGGUGUGACGUAAAUAAUGGGAUGGAAUAUUGGGAUAUGGACACUUCCCUAGUUUAG